AAUUUUUAUUUAUUUUUUAAGGUUAUGUCCACAGAAAUGAAAUUUUAUAAGAAAGCUUGAUUGAGUGAUCUUUAGCAAUAAAAAUGCAGCCUCGUGAAAAAAGUCAUUCCCAUCCGGGGAUGACACUGAAGGAGAAAGAGAAGUAUAUCGAAAACUUUCGCUUUCCCUUCUGCGAUGUUUCGGCAAAAUACGAAAGGGUUGCGAAAAUUGGACAAGGAACUUUCGGAGAAGUGUUCAAGGCGAAAGAGAGAGCAAAUCCAAAGAAGUUGGUGGCGAUGAAAAAGGUUCUGAUGGAGAACGAAAAAGAGGGGUUCCCCAUAACAGCCUUACGCGAGAUACGCAUCUUGCAAAGGCUUAAGCACGAGAACGUAGUAAUGCUGAUUGAAAUUUGCCACAAACGGGCAUGCCAAGAGAAUAAGUGCUUGUCGACGUUUUACCUUGUUUUCGAGUUUUGCGAGCACGACCUCGCCGGUCUCCUAUCAAAUGCUAAUGUAAAAUUUAAUUUAGGCGAAAUUAAGAAAGUUAUGCAGCAGUUAUUAAACGGCUUGUAUUAUAUUCACAGUAACAAAAUUUUACAUAGGGACAUGAAGGCUGCCAACGUACUUAUAACGAAGAAUGGUGUUCUGAAGCUGGCAGAUUUCGGCUUGGCUCGUGCUUUUAGUGCCAAUAAAAAUGGUCAACCGAACAGAUUUACAAAUCGUGUGGUGACACUGUGGUAUCGUCCACCAGAGUUGUUAUUAGGCGAACGUAAUUACGGCCCCCCCGUCGAUUUGUGGGGCGCCGGAUGUAUUAUGGCGGAGAUGUGGACGAGAUCGCCGAUCAUGCAGGGUAAUACGGAGCAGCAGCAGCUUACGCUCAUUUCGCAACUGUGCGGCUCGAUCACGCCGGCCGUCUGGCCGGGCGUCGAACAUUUAGAGUUGUACAAACAGAUGGACUUACCACAACAACAAAAGCGUAAAGUGAAGGAUCGCCUGAAACCUUACAUGAGAGACGCGUACGCCUGCGAUCUCUUAGAUAAGCUAUUAGUGCUGGAUCCUUCGAAGCGGGCCGACGCCGAUACCGCGUUAAAUCACGAUUUUUUUUGGACUGAUCCGAUGCCUUGCGAUUUGGGAAAGAUGUUGGGACAACAUUCGCAGAGUAUGUUUGAGUUUCUGGCACCGCCGAGACGUACCCGACCUCAUCAUACCAUGGCAAAUCAAAGACCAACAACAUCUGCAAUACAAGACGGUGGAUAUCAAGAUCGCGUUUUCUAGUUACAGAUGAUUGUUUAAGGAACUAUUUUUAUUUUUGUAUAAUAAAGUUUUGUAAUCUGA